UGGUGAAAUGAAUGGGAAAGAGUUAUUAGUUAUUUGCUUCGUUACCGUAGUACCGCACCUGUCGAGAAAGAAUUUUCGUUCCUAGGAAACGAGCCCUGUCCAUUUUAUGGCCAGAGGCGAUUAUUUACUGGCGCUGGUCGAAUAUACGGGAAAAUAGUCCCUCCAUAUUUUUAUCGUGACUUCAUCCACGCUUUCGUUCUCAUCUUCUCGCACAGCAACCUUCUGUUACUAUAAAGUCAGGUGAUAGGGCAGCUGCCUCUCUGUAAACCACCCGUGACCACAUAAAGCGAAGCUGCAAGUUGAAAUUCUCUUCUAGCGUAAUUGUUAGCAUAACAAGCAAGGAAGAAGGCUCCUGAAGCAAUUUUCCGUGUGGCGUACAGACAGCAACACAUUGGAAACAAUCUGUUACUGCAAGACCGAAUCCACCAUGCCGAAACCGAAAACAGUGGUUUGUUAUAUUUGUGGGAGGGAAUUCAGUUCACACUCCAUUAACGUUCACGAACGCCAAUGUGCCAAAAGGUGGGAGAUGACAAAACAGAAGGAACAAGAAGAGGCUAAGCAACAGCCGAAAAGAAAAUCUUCAUACGAGCCUCGAAAGCGAAGAGUUCUUCCUGACUUGCCCACCUUCGACAGACAGCAAAGUUUAAGCAUGGAUGACAUAAGAGGCUCAUUACAGACAGGUCUGUCUGACCAAAGACCCAAUACUGUCACCAUUAAAGACUUCGAACAGGGACAAAAAUUGCUAAAAGAGCGUUCAAAGUCACUGGCCACUACUACUCCAUUAUUGAGACCAGGGACUGCCACAUUAUCAGGACACAUGUCUCAUUCUUCUUGUGAACUUAGCACACAAGAGAGGUUAGAAGUGCAGUCACAUUCCUCUACAGAGCAAAACUCAUCAGAUGAGGAAGACAUUGACAAGUGCAGUGAAGCCACAUACACUGUAUCUAAAGAGACAGAUGACAAUACUUGUGCGAGACCAGGGAGGGCCAAGUACGCAAUGCCUACUUUUCUAAACAGGGAUGAUUCACCAGAAUCAUUAUCUGGAUCAUCUGACUCAGGAACUGGGAAGGAAAUAUCUUCAUCUGAUGCAAAUUUCUCCUUGUCAAACAACCCAAAUUUGAAAGUUUGUUAUAUCUGUGGACGUGAAUAUGGAUCUAAAUCCUUGAAAAUUCACGAGCCUCAGUGCCUGAAGAAAUGGCGCCUUGCCAAUCCCAAACGUUCCCGCAGCCCUUGUGGUCGACAAAAUGGACUUAGUAAAGCAAGUUCAGUUACUUCCCUAACAAGUCAUGAUAUCUAUUCACAAAGCCCUCAGAGAAAUACAACCCUUGCUUCCUCACCAGUGCUGAAACAAAGUAAACCUCGCUCUGCAUCUUGUGACAAUCUCCUUGAUAGCAGCAUCAACAAGAGGAAACAGUCCAGAGGAAGUCAGCAAGUGUCAAAGAUGGUUCUUUGUUAUAUUUGUGGUAAACAGUUUACCACACACUCUCUGCCAAUCCAUGAAAAACAAUGUCUGAAAAAAUGGGAGGCACAGAAAAAGUCAGAAGCUAAAGAGAAGUCACAGAAAGAGAAACAAUCAAAGAAAAGAAACUCAAUUCACUUGCCUGUCACAAUAAAAAUUGAUCGUGUCGAAGAGAACAAUAACAAAGAAAUGCUAAUGCCACAGAAAAGUGGGAGUUAUGGUGACCUACUAACACCAGAGCUGGGAACGUUUCAUAAUGAAGAAGCCAGUUUGGCAGAUGAACCACAAGAAAAGGAAAGCUUUACGCCAUGUAAGCCUGCAUUGGUUGUUUGUUAUCUUUGUGGUCGUGAGUAUGGGUCUGCCUCAAUUUCAAUCCACGAGAAACAAUGCCUAAAGAGAUGGCACACAAAAGAGGCAAGGAAAGCAAAGGGGACUCCAAAAUCAACAGGGAAACAGAUGGGGCAGGCACAAAAAACAAGAGCAUUUGUUUCAUGAAUCUUUGCCUUGUUAUACCAAUACAGUUAAAAGACACUUCUGGUAUGUGGACACUGAGUCACCCAGGAUGAAACGGGGCUGUCUGAUGCUACAGUAUCUCUCUGGCUAUGUUUUCAAAGUAAUCCUUAAAAAAAAGAACUACACUAUUAAUCUGACUUUUUUUUUGUCUGGGACGUGAUUUUUGUCUGGUCAGUCAGUGUCACUUGGCAACAACCUAGUAACUAAUGGACAUAAGAAACUUAUUGCUUUUUCUUGAGGUUUUGUUUAACAUGAACACUAUUGUAACCUCUGAUCAGUGGAUACGUAUUGCUAGAAGACACUGAUUAGAAUUCCUAGAACAGAUAAUAUUGAAUUUACUUGCAUUUGUGCCAAUGUUUGGAAGAUUUGACUGCUCUACUAUUUUUAUUUAAUUUUAACUACAACAGAAAAUGUUUGGAUAAAUGUUUUGCAAGGCCAUAUUAUUUUUAUCCAGGAUUUGAACUAUAAACUGAAUCAUACAUUGCAAAAAUAUUUGUAAGUUUAACUCCUUUAGUUAGCACUUUUUUAACUGUACUUUUGGAGGCAUUUUUAUUUCACUAGUUUUUAUAAACAGUAACAUGAACUUCUGUGGUUUAACAUGCUUUGUCUAAAAAUGUUUCCCUGUGUACACCUUGUUCUUAGAUAAGACAUACUCCUAUGACAACCAUGCAAUCCUGACUUCCAAAUACUCUGAGAUAGAUGACCAAAAUUUACAAAGGCAACUACACAUAAUUAUUACAGCCACAGGGUUUUUGCUACAAUGCAUGUUGACUUUGUUGAAAAACACAGCAUUACCUUUAGCUAAUGUCAAUAGCCUUAAAUUAUUUCUUUAUUGUAGCUGCUUAAAUAAUAUAUUGCUAAAUAAAAAUAUACCGACAGCCACAAUAGAAGCUAAACCACCUUUUCUGAAAAUGAAUGUAAAAAUUUAUGGGCAGAAUCAUUUUAAUAAUAUUUUUAAAUCAGACUUGAUAACUUUGACUGUGUAUUUUCAGAACUAGGUUUUUCUUAUUUAAUUAAAGACAAAUAAUGGAAUUUUUUCCUAAAGGUAUUUUGAAUUUAAGAUAUCAAUAUCUGCUAUCUUAUUGAAAGUUUGUGCAAUAUUUAUUGAUAAUAACCUAUAUUGUUAAAUGAGAUACUUACUGAGUGUGUUGAAAUAUUGUACAGGUGUGUGAGAACUUUUUAUUAUUAUGAAUAAAUAUGCUGAAUUGGCUCGA